AUGUCUGAACACUAUGCAAGAAACAACUCUUCUGCAGGCAACUCCAAUAUAGCGUUGGAAAGGUUGAAAAGCACAUUGAGGGAUGGUACUCUGUCUGACUAUCUUGUUCUUCUGACUGGAAGCAGGGAAACAGAGGCAGUCUACCCUACUGUAUUCAUGCAAGUAGAAGACAAAAACGUGCCGGGUGGUCGCAAACCUCUAGCAAGCGCUACGUUUGAACCCAGUAAAUUUGAUGUAUCAGAGGUCCCAGAUACAGUCACAGGCUUGCAGGCAGCAAACGACUACAGGGAGAACUGUGUCUUCGCAAUCGGAGACAAAACGUGUAAAUGCUUUGCUUCGGUUGAGAGAAAGCCAGCCUGGUCAAAAGAUGAAAAGAAGAGGAAGAUAAGACUGUUUCUGGUCUUAUUGAAUACAUUGAUGGCACAUUAUAUUGCCUGUCAUAAAAGUGGCGCAAGCGAAGAGCAGAAUGAGUUAAACAGAAUUAUCCACGCAAAAAGAAGAGUUGUGGAAGGGCAAGAGAAGGCAAUAGGGUAA